AUGUGGGAUGUGGGUUUACACUUUACAGAGCUACCCAGGAUUCCUGUUGACCCAGCAAGCCCUGAUAUGUUUGGUGAUAUGGGUGGUGGUGGUAGGCUUGGCUCUUAUGGAGGUCUGGGAGGUAGUCGGCUAAGUGACUCAGGUUUUGGUCAUGCUGGUGGCUAUAGUAGUUCUGGCCCUUCUGGGUUUGGAUGCAGUUCUGGUUUUGGCAGUCCAUCAGAUUGUAUGGGUGGAUAUGGUGGAUCAAAUUCAGGUGGGUUUGGGGACAUUGGUUCAGGUUGUUCCAUUGGGUUUGGGAAAUUUGGUUCAGGUCGCUCUAGUAGCUUUGGUAAUUCUAGUUCAAGUAGAUCUGGUGGUAGCUUUGGUGUCUCUGGUUCAAGCUGUUUUGGUAGCUUUGGUGAUGAGAAAGCUAGUGCCGAUGAGGAUCUGUGGUCUGGCAGGAGGUCAUUUUAA